AUGGUGAUCAUAUCGAACAUUCCUCAUAGUUCCAGUAUAAAGGUCAUACUGCUCUGUUUUAUAUUCAUACUUGGUUUUUUAGUCCCAAUUUCAUAUGCAGAUGAGCUUGUUGAAACCCAUAUCCAGAAUAAAGAAGUGGAAGAUGUUGUUAAGAAUAACGAUGUAAAAUACGAAUCUAAAACAUCGUUUGAUCCUAGUAGUGAGAUAGACGUCACAGACACGUCUAUCCUUACUAGUUUAGAUAACAUUGAAAGUGUUAAAUCAACUGAACAGGUUUGGGAUACAAAUAUCAAGACAAAGGAUAACUUAUAUUACGAAUUUGAUGAAUCAUUGAAGAUAACACCAUUAAAAAGUAAUUUUUUACUAAGCUCUUUUAAUUUUGAGAUAAACUCAACUAAAUAUGAACCAGGUGUAUCUUCUAAUGGGUUCGAUGAAUAUAGUCAUUAUACAGUGUUUCCGAAAUCAAUUAACAGAAUAAUCCGCCAAAAUUCAGUAAGAGAAUUACAUAUUAGAUUUACUAGAGGUUUUUGGGAUGCAGACUCUUGGGGCCGUAUUCCAUAUGAUGGAUUUAAAGCAGGUGGAUCGGGUGUUGAAUUAUGGUCUGUAAUUGAAGCUAGUUCUAAAAAAGUGGCAUAUAAAAAGUGGAAAUACGUUGCAAACACCUUGAGUGGUAUGUUCUGUACAUCAUUGAAUUUUGUCGAUGCUUCAAAAACGACAUAUCCAUAUAAAUCAUUUAUUCCAGAUUACGAUGUACCUUUAUUUGAUGGCAAAAAUCAAUUAUUUGUAAUGCGUGCAGCAUUAGCCAAUGAAAACGUGUGCACUGAAAAUUUAACACCAUUGCUAAAGUUAUUACCAACAAAAAGCAGAUCUGGUAUUUCCACACUACUUGAUGGCCAUAAAGUUUUUGAUUCAUAUUGGCAUAGUUUAUCAAUUGAUGUUAAAACAAUUUGUGAAGAGGAAUCUUUAGUUUGUUAUGAUAAUUUGAAAGCAAAUGUGGGUGUAGUAAUGCAUGUGCCAAAUACUAUACAAAGAAAUAGAAAUCCUAUUCCUAAGCCAGUAACUGGUGAAGGAUUGCGUUGUGAUACUUCAAAGUAUCACGAUGCUUAUGAAUGCUUCCCAUUGCCAGAUAAUUUUGAAACAAUAUUUUUAUUGUCAGAUUUAUUUGGUAAAAAGUUACAAGGUUCUAACUUAAUUUCUAAUAACCCAUCCAGUGUGUGUGUGGAGGCAAGUAAGGAUUGGAAAAUAUUGAUCGAAUCAAAUGGCGAAUUUUUUGGAACUCAAAGUAAUUGUUUUGAUUUGACUAACAACGAUAAAAAUGAUAUAUAUUUUGAAACAAAGAAUUCUUCAAGUAUAGUAAGAAGGGAUAAUGUACCACUUUUUGUUAGUAGGUCAAUUAUGAGUAAUUCAAUAGGCCGUGAUGGUUUAAGAACUGUGUUUAGAAACCCAACUAACAGUGCUAAAUCAGUUUUGUAUUUUGAAUCUCUACCAUGGUUUAUGAAAAUCUAUCUGUCAACUUUGAUUGUUGAACAAGCAAUUGAUACUACAACUGGCAUGAAGUUUGAUUUUGAUAUUAAGGAUGUGCUAUCUACUUUAAAGUACGCUGCUGCAAGUGACAGAAAAAGACCAAACCAAAUUGAAUAUGAAAUAACGAUUCCGCCACAUAGUACAAUUAUUCUCUCGUACCAAUUUGAGAAGAAUUUGUUAAAGUAUUCUGAAUAUCCACCAGAUGCCAAUCAUGGUUUUGAAAUUGAAUCAGCAGUUGUUACAGUAAAAGGGCCAACUAAAUAUCAAUCCCGGACUUCAACGUUAUUAUUGGUAUUACCUACACCUGAUUUUAGUAUGCCAUACAAUGUUAUUAUCUUGACUUCGACUAUUAUGGGCCUAAUUUUUGGUACUGUUUUUAAUUUAUUAGUGAAAAGAGUAUUGACGUUAGAAGACGCUGAGAGAAUAAGAGCUGUCUCAGGUCCAAAAUAUAAAUUAAAGAAAUUAAAAGAAAGAUUAUUGUCAAGAUUUGGUACAAAUAAAAAUGCAUAA